AUGCAAAGGGAAGGUCUAGUAGAAGUGAAGGAGAUAGAAAAAGGUGUUGACGCACUGGUGUCAGUGCAAAUGUUGCACCCGGCAGUGCGUUCACACACCGCGGUGAAGCCUACAGUGUCUGCGCCCGUACUCGAGUAUCAGCCACCGGUAGUGCGAGAAUUGUAUUGUAUUACUGCACACGUAUUGGAAUUGUUUUUGCCACUCAAAAAGGGCACACCCCUACCAGCGAACGAAGUGCGUAGAACUGUACGCGAUUACGUGAAAAGCAAACAGCUGGAUGCAGGUCGCGGCUCUGUCAAAAUUGAUGCGACUCUCGCUAAAGCUACUGGGAUUAAGGAACAGGCUCUUACGAAAUGGGAUGAGCUCAUGGCUGGUCUUCUGUCUCAUAUGACAGCGAGCACAGAACUAGUAUUUGCUGACGGUACAUCAAGACUUAUUAAGACGAGGAUUGAUCCAAUACAAAUGCAGGUUUUCACCAGGAGUGGGAAUAAAAAGGUGACACUAGUGUCCAAUCUAGAAGCGUUCGGAUUCGUUUUACCGACUCUUGCGCAAGAGUGCCAACGCGCAGUGGCGGCCUCUUGCGGAGUCACUCGGUCAGCUGGAGCCAGCCACGAUCAGCUAAUGUUGCAGGGAGAUCAGACACACUUCAUGGCAAAGCUUCUUAUUGAAAAAUAUGGUCUUCCCAAGAAAUAUCUGGAUGGCGCAGAUAAAGCUCUUAAUAAGAAGAAAUAA